AUGCCAAAGACGUAUGUUACCUUAAACAUUGCCUUCCUGUGUCCUGCAGACAUCAGCGAAGAUCUUCGUCCUGAGCGGCAGGAGUCGGAGUCCCCGAACACUAAAAAGGAAAACGAGCUGGAGCCCCCUCACAUCAAAGAGGAGGAGGAGCCAGAGACCCCCCACAUUAAAGAAGAAGAACAGGAGGACGAUAUCAGCAAGUUUCCAUUGAGUGUCAUUGUGAAGAGUGAAGAUGGAGACCACAGUGGAGGAUCGCAAGCACUCGGCCUCAUAGCUCCACUAUCAGAUAGUGACGCCGUCACGUCGCACUCUUCUGACACUGACGACGAUAAUGAUUGCGAAAACCCUCAAGGCGAUAUGACACGUCACACGGACAACAAGCAUGUGAAAUGUUCUCGGUGUGACAAAACGUUUGUCGACAAGUCGUCCUUGAAAAGACACACAAAAACCCACGCUAGAGAAAAACAUUUUGCCUGCUCAGUUUGUGGUAAAAGGUUCUUUAGAAAGGGACAUUUAAUAGAACACACAAAAACUCACACUGGAGAAAAACCCUUUCCUUGCUCAGUUUGCAGUAAAAGAUUCUCUCUCAAGGCACAGUUAACAUUGCACACAAGAACACACACUGGGGAGAAACCUUUUCCCUGCUCAGUUUGUGGGAAAAGAUUUUCUCAAAAGCCAAAUUUAACGUCACACACAAGAACACACACUAGAGAAAAACCUUUUGCCUGCUCGGUUUGUGGCAAAAGAUACUCGGAAAAGAAAACUUUAACAACACACACAAGAACACACACAGGACAAGAACCUUUUGCCUGCUCAGUAUGCGGAAAAAGAUUCACGCAGAAGAUACUUUUAAUAGCACACACAAGAACACACUCGGGAGAAAAACCUUUUCCGUGCUCAGUUUGUGGUAAAAGAUUCUCUUUGCAGGGACAUUUAAUAGUUCACACAAGAACACACACUGGGGAAAAACCCUUUCCCUGCUCCAUUUGUAGUAAACGAUUCACUCAGAAUGAGCACUUAAUCAAACACACUAGAACACACACUGGCGAGAAGCCAUUCAGCUGCAGUGUGUGUGACAGAAGAUUCUCUCAGAAGGGUCAGGUUAAGAGACACAAGUGUGCUCGUGAGAAGAGAAGCGCUCAAUGAAGCUGUUGCCUACUCCCUAAUCUACGGGUGGACAAGAUUCAAUACUCCAAAGAGCCAUUUGGUCUCGUCUCCCACAGAAAGAAAUAACACCGGGAGCCACAAAAC